UGCUUAGAGAAGAAGAAAAAAUAAAGGAAGCAUCUCGAAUUCUGAAACAAGAAUCACCGGGUGCUCGAGAUUCCAAAAUAAGCGUCUAGGAACUGGUAAAUACUUUGAGCAAUUCAGCUUGAAUUUGACGGCGAAGUGUUGUAGAAACUGUCUCCUUGAAUUACUGGAAGGGGACUGGGGGAAGAUGAGGGGGCUUCCUCUGUGGAUUUAUCUUACUGAGGGAUAUAGACCUGCAGCUGACUGGAUUUGAUUUAUAAGAGGGAAACGUACAGUCAAUGGCCACUUCCGCCACAUUGCCGUUAUGGAAAACAGAAUGGUCAAUAGGAUAUGGUCUGAGAAAUAGUGAUGAUUGAAGAUGCUACUUCAAUACAUAUGAAAUCAAUGGGAGAUACUGGCUGCAUGAAGAGCUUUCUGAACUUUUCUUGACAAGCUGCCUUUAAGAAAUCGGAGGUGUAUUCUACCAUUAUACGGUUUUCCUCAAGUGGAUACAAAUACCUUUGCCUCACUGUAACCAGACAACCACACAACUAAUGUGGGACCAUGGCACUGCCCAGAUGCGCGUGGCCAAAUUAUGUUUGGAGAGCAGUAAUGGCAUGCUUGGUACACAGGGGAUUGGGUGCCUCAUUGACUCUUUGUGUGUUGGGCUGUUUGCUUCAGGCUGCCCAUGUGCUCUCACAAAAAUUGGAUGAUGCAGACCCACUGGUGACUACCAACUUCGGCAAGAUAAGAGGGAUUAAGAAAGAACUCAAUAAUGAAAUUUUGGGUCCUGUUAUUCAGUUUCUUGGGGUUCCGUAUGCAGCCCCGCCAACAGGGGAACAUCGUUUUCAGCCUCCAGAACCACCAUCUCCUUGGUCAGAUAUCAGGAAUGCUACUCAAUUUGCUCCUGUGUGUCCCCAGAAUAUCAUUGAUGGCAGAUUGCCAGAAGUCAUGCUUCCUGUGUGGUUUACUAAUAACUUGGAUGUGGUUUCAUCCUAUGUACAAGACCAGAGUGAAGAUUGCCUGUAUUUAAACAUAUAUGUCCCAACUGAGGAUGUAAAAAGAAUAUCCAAGGAAUGUGCCAGAAAACCCGGCAAGAAAAUAUGUAGAAAAGGAGGUCCCCUUACAAAGAAACAGACAGAUGAUUUAGGUGAUAAUGACGGUGCUGAAGAUGAAGAUAUUCGGGACAGUGGGGGUCCCAAACCAGUGAUGGUGUAUAUCCAUGGUGGCUCAUAUAUGGAAGGGACUGGAAAUUUAUAUGAUGGGAGUGUCUUGGCAAGUUAUGGCAACGUGAUAGUCAUCACGGUCAACUAUCGACUUGGGGUGCUCGGUUUCUUGAGCACAGGGGAUCAAGCUGCAAAAGGAAACUAUGGACUCCUUGAUCUCAUUCAGGCUUUAAGGUGGACUAGUGAGAAUAUUGGAUUCUUUGGUGGUGACCCCUUAAGAAUCACUGUUUUUGGAUCUGGCGCUGGGGGUUCAUGUGUCAAUCUGCUGACUUUAUCCCAUUAUUCUGAAGGACUUUUUCAAAGAGCAAUAGCUCAAAGUGGAACAGCCCUUUCCAGCUGGGCUGUUAGUUUCCAACCUGCAAAAUAUGCUAGAAUGUUGGCCACAAAAGUUGGUUGCAAUGUUUCAGAUACAGUAGAGUUAGUGGAAUGCCUACAGAAGAAGCCUUACAAAGAACUUGUUGACCAAGAUAUUCAACCAGCACGAUACCACAUAGCCUUUGGACCUGUGAUUGAUGGUGAUGUAAUACCAGAUGACCCUCAGAUAUUGAUGGAGCAAGGAGAGUUUCUCAACUAUGAUAUAAUGUUAGGAGUUAACCAAGGGGAAGGGUUAAAAUUUGUUGAAAAUAUAGUAGAUAGCGAUGAUGGUAUAUCUGCUAGUGAUUUUGACUUUGCUGUUUCCAAUUUUGUUGAUAACCUAUAUGGAUACCCUGAAGGCAAAGAUGUUUUGAGAGAAACCAUUAAAUUCAUGUAUACUGACUGGGCUGACCGUCAUAACCCUGAAACAAGAAGGAAGACAUUAUUAGCUUUGUUUACAGACCAUCAGUGGGUGGCACCAGCUGUAGCUACAGCAGAUCUUCACUCAAACUUUGGUUCACCCACAUACUUCUAUGCCUUUUACCAUCAUUGCCAAACAGAUCAAGUUCCAGCUUGGGCUGAUGCAGCUCAUGGAGAUGAGGUUCCCUACGUACUAGGAAUCCCCAUGAUUGGACCUACAGAGUUAUUUCCUUGCAAUUUCUCCAAAAAUGAUGUGAUGCUGAGUGCAGUCGUAAUGACAUACUGGACAAAUUUUGCUAAAACUGGUGACCCAAAUCAACCAGUCCCUCAAGACACAAAAUUCAUCCAUACCAAACCCAACCGCUUUGAAGAAGUAGCGUGGACCCGAUAUUCCCAGAAAGACCAACUUUAUCUCCAUAUUGGAUUAAAACCAAGAGUUAAAGAACAUUACAGAGCCAAUAAAGUGAACCUCUGGUUGGAGCUGGUACCUCACCUGCAUAAUCUCAAUGACAUUUCUCAGUAUACCUCGACAACAACUAAAGUGCCAUCAACUGACAUCACGUUCAGACCUACAAGAAAAAAUUCUGUGUCUGUCACAUCAGCCUUUCCCACUGCCAAGCAGGAUGAUCCCAAACAGCAACCGAGUCCCUUUUCAGUGGAUCAAAGGGACUACUCAACAGAGCUGAGCGUCACUAUUGCAGUUGGAGCAUCACUGCUGUUUCUGAACAUCUUGGCCUUUGCAGCCCUGUACUACAAAAAGGAUAAGAGGAGACAUGACGUUCACAGGAGAUGCAGCCCUCAGCGCACGACGACGAAUGAUCUGACCCACGCACAGGAAGAGGAGAUCAUGUCCCUCCAAAUGAAGCACACUGAUUUGGAGCAUGAAUGUGAGUCCAUCCAUCCACAUGAGGUGGUUCUUCGGACCGCCUGCCCCCCAGAUUACACACUAGCUAUGAGGAGGUCACCUGACGAUGUUCCCUUAAUGACACCCAACACCAUUACAAUGAUUCCCAACACUAUACCAGGGAUUCAGCCCUUACACACAUUCAAUACGUUUACCGGAGGACAGAACAAUACUCUGCCCCAUCCCCACCCCCACCCCCAUUCACAUUCAACAACCAGGGUAUAG